UUGAAGGCAGCAGCAAAUAUUUUCUUUUCUAAAAUUUCCAACAACAGUUUCUUUCUUUAAUCUUCUUCUUCUACUAGUUUGAGCUGUUACUUCUGAAAGCCGCUAUGGCGUUUCCGUACAUGGAAGCUGUUGUUGGGUUUAUGAUAUUGAUGUAUAUCUUUGAGAGUUACCUCGAUCUGAGGCAACACUCUGCCCUUAAACUACCGGCACUUCCAAAAACUUUGGAAGGUGUCAUUAGCCAAGAAAAGUUUGAAAAGUCAAGAGCCUAUAGUAUUGAUAAGAGCAACUUUCAUUUUGUUCAUGAGUUCGUGACUAUAGUAAUGGACUCUGCAAUUUUGUUCUUUGGAUUGUUGCCCUGGUUUUGGAAGAGAUCAGGAGAUUUUUUGCUUCUCAUCGGCUUGGACGUGGAAAAUGAAAUAUUGCACACUCUUUCUUUUUUAGCUGGUUUUAUGAUUUGGUCUCAGAUUACCGAUUUACCAUUUUCAUUGUAUUCAACAUUCGUGAUUGAGGCUCGGCAUGGUUUCAACAAACAAACAAUAUGGUUAUUCUUUAGGGAUAUGAUUAAAGGAAUUGCCCUAUCUGUUGUAAUUGGACCUCCUAUUGUAGCUGCAAUCAUCGUAAUAGUACAGAAAGGAGGCCCUUACCUGGCCAUCUAUCUAUGGGGAUUUAUGCUUGUUCUAUCUCUUGUAAUGAUGACCAUAUACCCAGUUCUAAUAGCCCCACUUUUCAACAAGUUCACACCUCUUCCAGAAGGAGAGCUUAGGAUGAAAAUCGAGAACCUUGCAUCUUCUCUCCAGUUUCCUCUAAAGAAGCUGUUUGUAGUUGACGGAUCCACUCGAUCAAGCCACAGCAAUGCAUAUAUGUAUGGAUUUUUUAAGAACAAGCGGAUCGUCCUUUAUGAUACAUUGAUCCAACAGUGCAAAAAUGAGGAGGAAAUUGUUGCUGUAAUUGCCCAUGAACUGGGCCAUUGGAAGCUUAAUCACACUAUGUUUACUUUCAUUGCUGUUCAGAUCCUCUCUUUCUCACAAUUUGGAGGAUAUACCCUGGUUAGAAACUCAAAGGAACUGUUCGAGAGCUUCGGGUUUGAUACACAGCCAGUCCUUAUUGGACUAAUCCUUUUCCAGCACACAGUGAUACCUCUCCAGCGUAUUGUUAGCUUUCUACUAAAUCUUGUCAGCCGAGCUUUCGAGUUUCAGGCUGAUGGUUUUGCUAAGAAGCUGGGGUAUUCCAAACCUCUUCGAGCUGCUCUUGUGAAAUUACAGGAAGAGAACUUGUCCGCCAUGAAUACAGAUCCCUGGUACUCAGCCUAUCAUUACUCUCAUCCUCCCCUGGUUGAAAGGUUGGCAGCAAUCGAUGAGCUCGAGAAGAAGGAAGACUGAUAGAGAAGAGAUCCUUUCGUAUUCCUCAGUUAGAGCUAACCUAAUGGUGACUGAUAUAAAUCGUAGUUUUAUCAUUUGGUCUGAAACUUGCCUGUAGUAAUCAAUAUUUUGGUAGUUGCAUAUAGAAAUUCUACACAUGAGAAUCAGUGUCGUAUCAUACGAAUUUGCCAACAGAGUAACAAAUGAUAUGAAAGCACAUAUAUGGGCUUAAUGUCCAAUUAUAGUGGAAAUUUUCUGUUAAGGCUUAA